CUCUCCGGGUUACGUGAAACACAACAAAUAUUGACUGGGGCCAAGCGUCUAUCAGCACUCAGUGGAUUUUUAACCCUCAUUUUGGGAUCUUUCUGCUCCCUCUUGGGUCCCGGCUGAAGGACAAUAUUUGGGAGUGUUAAACCUCAGGCAACACAUACAGGCCUGGAACCAUGAGACGCCUGGCUCUCCUCCUAGGCCUGCUGGCCCUACACCAAACCCACUGCUUUGAGUUUGUGGUAGAGGGAGAGUGGGAGACGGAAACGUCAUUAGAGGAACAACAUGGACGAUUUAAGAGGGCAAUAUUGACCAGUGAGGAGCAGGAAGACUUUGAGGCCAUCCGGGGUGAUGACAUCACAGUUAAGAGCUACAAGGUGGAGAGCCGCAUCACGUCGCGGUUCUGCCACACCACGGUCAAGAGCUCUGUGGUCAACUCUGGUCCAAAUGACCAGAGCAUUGGCUUCAACGUCCAGAUCCCCAAACGAGCCUUCAUCACCAACUUCACCAUGAAUGUGAAUGGGAUCACGUUUGUGGGCUCAGUGAAGGAGAAGACUGUGGCUAGGAACCUCUACGCUCAGGCUAGAGCCAGAGGGAAGGCCGCAGGCCUCGUCAGGGCUAACUCCCAGGACAUGGAGACCUUUAAGGCGGAGGUCCACGUGCCUCCCGGCAGUAAGAUAGAGUUUGAAUUGCACUACCAGGAAAUGAUGCAGAGGAAGCUGGGCUUCUAUGAACACUCACUAUACCUGCAGCCUGGACGACUGGUGCCUCAGUUCCAGGUGGACGUGUAUAUCUAUGAGCCCAGCGGCAUCGCCUCUGUGGAGACACCCAACACCUUGGGAGAGCAUUUCAGCGGCAUGGCCAAACUCACCUCCUCGAAGGACAAGGCACACGUGGUGUUCAAGCCCUCGCUCCAGCAGCAGAGGAAGUGCGAGAACUGCACCACCAGCGCUAUCGAUGUGAGCAAGGUGUCGAAAUACUUGGACCAGUUGAGGAACGAGGUGGAAAAGACUUGUGUGAAUAGUGUAGAACCAACACCAACAAACCCGUAUGCCUUGGCCACCCUCAAGAGAACUGACAAGGACUGGACCUGCUUCUCUACUACCUCCCGCCUCUUCAAUAUAACAACGUUCCAUGAGUGCGCAAAACCCCCCACAUUCAUGUCCUCUCCCCCACACCGCCGCGCUCGCCCCUCCCUCAAAUGUGAAGAAGUCAUGAGGGAGGAGUUCUCUCUCUUCUCUUGGGCAUCGGCCUUCGAGUCGGACUACGACUUCCUGGAACGCAUCGCCAUGGAGAAUAGGGGCGUGGCCCAGAGGAUCUACACCAGCCACGACGCCUCAGAUCAGAUACGGCGGUUCUACAGCCAGGUCUCGUCUCCCCUCCUGAGGAAGAUCACGGUUCAGUUCCCAGAGGACUCUGUCUCUGACGUCACCCAGAACCACUUUGACAAGUAUUUCAGUGGCUCAGAGCUGGUGGUGGCUGGGAAGGUGCUGCCCUCUGAGUCCACUACUCUAAACAGCUUCACCACUGCAUCCGCUGUGAGUCAUACAUACACAUGCACGCAUGCACACUCAUACACACACCAAAAAGAAAGUACCCAAAAGUCCCUGGCCCCACUGCUGGCAGAAGAGGAAGAUCACCAGAGGAUCCUGACCCUGGUGUGGAGCACCAGUUGUCACGCCCUCACUGCCCUACUGGUGGAGAGUGAGGAUGCCAAGGAGAGGCUGCUUGCUGACUCCCCUAAGGACCCCAAACAGGAUGCUGUGCAGGAGGAUCUCUGUGGGGGAAGGACUCCAGUGCAGAUGGUUCACAGCAUCCCCCCCUGGGUCCAGAUGACCACCCCUGCCCCCCCUAGCCACGCCGAGAGGCCCCUACCAGAUCACAUCACCAUAGUGGAGAACGACCCUCACUUCAUCGUCCACCUGCCUAAAAACAAUAUGGACGUCUGCUUCAACAUCGACUCAGAGCCUGGACACAUCCUCAAUCUGGUGUCAGACCCUGGUGCAGGUGUGGUGGUGAAUGGCCAGRUGGUUGGCUCUAAGAGGGUGGGGGUGGAGGAGAAGGAGAAGGUGAACACGUACUUUGGCACCYUCUCAGUGUUCUACCAGCCUGACGGCAUCAGGGUGUCAGUCAGCACCGACCGUAUCGACCUGACCUACGGCAGGAACAAUCACUCCUUCACCUGGGGAGCCACGGCCGACAUCACCCAGGACAGGGUGAAUGUUUCCAUAGUGAAGGACUCCAAGGUGAUGGUGACAGUGGAUGACAAGAUCACUGUGAUGGUGCUGCUACAUCGUGUGUGGAAGAAACACCCAACCCACGUGGACUUCCUGGGCCUCUAUAUCCCCAACAACAACCAGUACUCCUCUCAGGCCCACGGGCUUAUAGGUCAGUUUGGCCAGGAGCCAGAGGUGAGGGUGUUUAACAUGCACCAGGGAGCUGACCCUCUGAAGAAGGAGGCCACCAUGGAGGUGAAGGGCAACAAGCUGGUCGUCACCAGGGGCUGGCAGAAGGACUACAGACAGGAUAAUAAACGUGGAUCUGACGUCUUCUGCUGGUUCAUCCACAACAGUGGCAAAGGCUUCAUCGACGGCCAUUACACCAACUACAUCGUCCCCCGACUCGACAGCUUCCUGCCGCUCCCACUCUGAGUGACCAAUCGCAAGGCACACAGGGGUACCAUGUAWCCCAGGCAGUCAGAGACAGGGCGUAGUUAUAAGGGAUAUCCUAUUCCUCAGGUACAGGAGACACACAUAUGCAGCCAAUCUGACUACACAUAUCUGUUAUUACCUGUUUUCAUAUCACAUCUCUGUCUGACAACUCUCUCUCUCUUCAUAAAACAUUAUAAAAAGCAGUAUCAGUAUGUAUAGCAGUGUGAAUGUUUCAUUAUUUCCAUGAAGACUAUGCUGCCGGCUUUGAACUUUAUGUGCACUUCUUAACCAGAACAUUCCAGUGACUGUUGUAUUUCUCAGACCUCAUCUUACAUGGCAAAAUCCAAAUGUUUUUCAAUCAA